GUUACAUUAUUAUAAUUCCAUUUUGACUAAUUGGACUUACGUAGUAAAGCUUUUUUAAAAAUGAUGGCAAACAACUGUAUUUUUUUGUCGUUACACUACAUACUAACAGCCAACUUUAUGAUGAUUGAAUCAACAAGCAAAGUUUCGCCGUCAUAUUACGUCGAUAAUACAUUCACUCCUUUACACGUCGAUACAGUGAAUAAUUUAGUAACCUACAACCAGAACGAAAUAAAAUUUAGUGACAAAGAACGUACAUUUCUGACAACUCCUGUUCGGACUUACAACGACACCAAAGACCGCAAAACAGUUUUUGAAAAAUUUGAUAAGAAAAUUGAAGACAUUAAAUGUACUUGUUCUGUAAUCGUGAAAUCUAAACUGGCGUACUUAUCGAAUAUUCUAGAAGGCUUGCAGAGUGGGGGAGCUAUAGAAGUUGCAAAAGAUAAAUUAACCGAAUUAAAAGAAGAAGCGGGUCUUAUAGUUCUAAUGUUUCAAAUAGGCCGAGUCAAAGCGGGUAAAUGGUUUUGGAGUUUUUAUUUUAAAAUCAUGGCGAUCAUUGAAUACGAGGUCAACAAAGAUUACUUUGAGAAAACUCCUUUCAGAGAAGAGGAAUUGCAAAGUAGUAUUACAAAUUUCUUAAACUAUUGCAAAGAAAAUAACUAUCUUCCCAAUUAUAGAACAGAGUCAGAUUUAUUGUUGAAAAAUUCCAUUGUACCAAUUAACAUCUUUCAAGAACUUCGCGCGUCUGUAGAUUAUGAUAACGUCAUGCAAAACAUAUCGAUCGAAUAUUUGUAUCUAAAACCAUUAUGGGAUGAACACGAAUUAUUGUUUGGAGAAAUAGCAGGCUCAAUUGUAGAAUGGAGGCCAACGAUAAAACGGCACGCAGUCGAAGUGGAUAAAACCAAGAAAUACGUUGAAAAUCGCCAAUGGAUACCAAAACCGUUCGGACACCUUAGUUACCACAAGUUGAUUAAACAAAUUAUCAACACCAGAGCGUACAUCUUUCUGUGGGUAAUGUUGGUAAUUUUUGAUAAAAAAAUGCCCAACAUGGAUGCAAACAGUUUUAAUACUAUUUUUACGCAGACAACCAAUACACUCAAUACGGUAUUCGAAUUCAUAGCAUAUUCCGACCCUUUUUUUUAUGAUAUAGUAACAGAGUACCAUUGGACCAUGCCUGAAGACACAAACCUUGGUAACCUUAUAGCUAGAAUAUCGGUAAGAGCCAAAGAUAGUUUAGUCGAGUUAAAUGGGAGGAAUUCAGACGAAAGUGAUUGGAUCAGUAUUAACGUAAGCGAUGAAUUAAGCAAUGAUACAAUGAUGGAAUUUCUCAACGAAUUUGCCGAUAACUUUAAGCAGUUGAAAGCUAAAUUAAGUCCUUUUUGUUAUGUGCUUGCUAUGUACAUUCUGAACGAAGGAGAAUAAUGUAGUUCAUUAUCAUGGACAAUACUUGUAACUAACUUCGCACAUUUUAAAAUACAUUUUAUUUUAAUAUAACGAUAUUGCAAUUUUUUUUGUAUAGAUGUAUCUAAAAUAAAAAUUGUAUUAUGUAUUGCACAUGAUGAACAUUUCUUAAAUACAUAUUAAAUGUUAUUUUUAACUUAAA